AAUGUUUUGAACAUCAUAAAUCAAAUCAUGGAUGAAUGCAUUCCACAUGAACGGGCCAACCGAGACUUUUGUGUUAAGUUUCCAGAGGAAAUACGCCAUGACAACCUUGCAGGACAGCUUUGGUUUGGAGCAGAAUGUUUGGCUGCUGGUUCAAUUAUUAUGAAUCGUGAAAUUGAGAGUAUGGCUAUGAGGCCAUUGGCCAAGGAUCUGACCAGAAGCCUAGAGGAGGUUAGAAAUAUCAUUCGUGACCAGGCCUUAAGGGAUUUGAACCUCUACACGGAAAAAAUGAAAGAUUCACUCAAGCAUUUUGAUGUCCUGUUUGCUGAAUUUGAAUUAAGUUAUGUGUCAGCCAUGGUACCUGUGAAGUCUCCAAAAGAAUAUUAUGUACAGCAAGAGGUAAUCGUUCUUUUCUGUGAAACUGUGGAGAGAGCCUUAAGGCUUGGAUACCUCACUCAAGAUAUGAUAGAUGACUAUGAACCAGCUUUAAUGUUUACAAUUCCAAGAUUAGCCAUUGUAUGUGGCCUUGUUGUCUACUCUGAGGGACCUUUAAACUUGGACCAUAAACCAGAAGACAUGUCUGAACUCUUCAGACCUUUUCACACUUUGCUAAGAAAAAUAAGGCAAGCUGUUAGAAAAACUGUGGGCACCCAGACAGAAGCCACACGCAAGCAUGUGGAUGUUCAGGUCUCGGGCUGCGGAGAGUGCCGGAGCCUGGCACUUGCAAUGGAGGGUAGCGGAGACGACACCUGUGUCAGGUGUGACCAGAUCGGUAAUGAUGAGAUAGCAGAGAGAUGGCCAGAAGCAAUCAAAGGGGACUUUAGGGCACUGGGAGUGAUUCUUGAAGGAUCAGGUGCACAG